ACAAGUCUCAGACCCCACAUAACAAGUGCGUGACUUGAAGAAGCUUUACACAAAAAAGCGCUCCCUAUAGUCACGCCAUCCUGCACUUGUUUUCUGGCGUGGACAACCAAACCAACGUUUACUUACAAAACUCACUCUUUUUUCUUCUUCCAAGUCUCAAUUCUUCUUCAACUUGUUUCACAAAUUAGUUUACUCCUUCCUUCCACUCCAGAACCUCCAAGUUGAAUUCAAGAUGGAUGAUGAUUAAUAAUUAAACUGUUGUUGACUCCAACCACAGUUUCAAUUUGCAUCAAGAAAUGUUUCAUCACCAAACAAAGCUUGCUAUUCUCCUCACAAUCUUCAUCUUCUGCUCAGCAAAAUCCCAAAGCAACAACCAAAACUGCAACCGCAGGUGUGGAGAAUCUUCCCUUCACUACCCUUUCGGCUUCUCCGAUGGCUGUGAAGUCAAGCUAAACUGCACUGAAAACAGAGUCAAGAUCAGCGAGUUGCAGGUCCAGAACGUAACCUCCGAUAGCAUAUUCAUCACCCUGCCGGCAAAAUGCAACCGGAGCAUGAGUUUCAUUGAUCCACUUUUCAGCAACAAUUUCGCUCCAACAUGGAACAACAGCUUCCUGGUGCAGACUUGUGUGGACAAACUCGGUGGCUGCGUUAUUCCGACCUCGAGUUUCAUUGGAGGGAAGGUGGAGGUGGAAGGGUGUGAGGGAAAGAGUGAUGAUAUCGGUUGCUUCACGCAGUUGCAGCGUGAGCGUCGGCGUGAGCGUGAGGAUGUUAUCAGGAUUGAGGAAUGGAAGGGGAUUCAGUGCAGGUUCUUGUUUUCUGCUAUUGCUGUUGGUAGUAAGAGUGAGGUGAAAGAGAUUUCACUUCAAUUUCAGGUGGUUGAGUUGGGGUGGUGGCUUGAUGGGGCUUGUAAUUGCUCCGGUAACGCAACCUGUACCGAGGUCCAUCUUGCAGGACAUAAACGAGGUUUCCGGUGCCGGUGUCGCGAAGGCUUCGUCGGAGAUGGGUUCACUAACGGAACUGGCUGCCGGAGAUUAGUUUCUCAAUGCAAUGCUUCAACGCUGGGGUCUGGUGGAUGUGGAAAAGCAAUCAGAGUUGGUGUCCUUGUUGGAGGGAUCACCGUUGGAGCAUCCGUGGUGGCUGCUCUGUCCCUUCUAUGUUACUUUUCCAGACGCCGUUCCUCAUGGCUGACAAAACAAUUGACGGUCAAGCGCCUGUUAAGAGAAGCUGCGGGGAGCUCUAUUGUUCCUCUGUACCCCUACAAAGAAAUAGAAAGAGCCACAAAUUUUUUCUCUGAGAAACAUAGGCUCGGAACUGGGGCUUAUGGAACAGUGUAUGCAGGAAACCUUCACAAUGAUGAGUGGGUGGCUAUAAAAAAGAUCAAGUAUAGAGACACCAACAGUGUUGACCAAAUCAUGAAUGAGAUCAAGCUCCUUUCUUCAGUGAGUCACCCGAAUUUAGUACGCCUCCUAGGUUGCUGCAUAGAAAAGGGAGAGCAUAUUCUUGUUUAUGAGUACAUGCCCAACGGAACGCUAUCUCAACAUUUGCAGAGAGAAAGGGGUGGGGUACUUCCAUGGACAGUAAGACUCACCAUUGCUACUGAAACAGCUAAUGCUAUAGCAUAUCUCCAUUCUGCAAAUGAUACUCCAAUUUAUCACAGAGACAUAAAAUCAAGUAAUAUUCUCUUGGACUUCAACUUUCAAUCAAAAGUAGCAGAUUUUGGGCUUUCAAGGCUUGGCAUGACAGAAACAUCACAUAUCUCAACUUGCCCACAAGGGACUCCGGGCUAUGUAGAUCCGCAAUACCACCAGAACUUUCACCUUUCUGAUAAAAGUGAUGUCUACAGUUUUGGAGUAGUUUUGAUAGAGAUAAUCACAGCCAUGAAAGUGGUUGAUUUUUCUAGACCUCCGAGUGAGAUCAAUUUGGCUGCACUUGCUGUUGAUAGGAUUAGGAGGGGCUGUGUAGAUGACCUCAUAGAUCCUUUCCUUGAACCACAUAGGGAUGCUUGGACCCUCUAUUCUAUCCACAAGGUGGCUGAGCUAGCGUUUAGAUGUCUUGCUUUUCAUAGUGACAUGAGGCCUACUAUGAUUGAAGUAGCGGAGGAGCUAGAACACAUCAGACGAAGCGGGUGGGCAACUAUGGAGGAAACUAUAUGCACAGCCUCGUCGGUCGGUUCUGCGUGUUCAUCACCUCGUAAUGGAACCGAGAAUUUACCAAGUGGAAAUUGUUUUGAGAUAGAAGGACAUAAGAGUGAGAUAUUGAUUGUUCCACAGAUGACUGAUAAUUUUUUGCAAUCAAUGAAAGAGGUAAAGGACAGCUCCCCUGUAUCUGUGCCUGAUACUUGGUCAAGUGGACCGAGCUCACCAUCAACAAACAGCUUGUUAGGAAACUUAGUUCGGUGACAUAGAUAUAGCGUGUUUGGAAAUCCUUUUAGAAUUGAUUCUACAGCCAAAAUUAAUUGUGGGAAGAAGCUAAUGUAAAUAGCUUCUCAGUGUCAGAAUUGAUUCUGAGAUAAAAUAAGCUGAUCUAAACAUGGUAAUAGUUGUUUUGAGUGGAAAUAAUGUGAGUAACAAAGGCCUGCAACAGUUUCCUUUUA